AAAUAUUACCUCAUUAAGUUUUCUAAAACAAAUCCUAAAGUUGUACCCAUGCUGCAAUGACGUUGUCAAAUGGAGCCAUCCCUUAUCACGCGACUAAGAUCUGAGCUGGCCAUGGACACCUUACCUUACCUAGCAGACCGUACGGCCUGCCUGUCUGUUGCAGACCGUACGGCCUGUCUGUCUGUUGCAGACCGAACUGCCUGUCUGUCUGUUGCAGACCGUACGGCCUGUCUGUCUGUUGAGACCGUACGGCCUGUCUGUCUGUUGUAGACCGUACGGCCUGUCUGUCUGUUGAGACCGUACUGCCUGUCUGUUGUAGACCGUACUGUCUGUCUGUUGAGACCGUACUGCCUGUCUGUUGUAGACCGUACUGCCUGUCUGUCUGUUGUAGACUGUACUGCCUGUCUGUCUGCUGUUGUAGACCAUACUGCCUGUCUGUCUGUUGUAGACCGUACUACCUGUCUGUCUGCUGUUGUAGACCAUACUGCCUGUCUGCUGUUGUAGACCGUACUACCUGUCUGCCUGUCUGUUGUAGACCGUACUAUCUGUCUGUCUGCUGUUGUAGACCAUACUGCCUGUCUGCUGUUGUAGACCGCACUUCCCCUCCCUUGCUGUAGGCGGCACUGUUUCUGGUUCAUCAAAUUGCAGAGAAGUGAACUUUCUGUAGAGUUUCUAAACCGGGCUUCUUGUGAUUCAUCCAGCAUGUUGUAACCCACACUCCUCUUUUUUUAAAUCGAUAGCCCCCCAUCAGCUUCAGGGAGGGCUGUGACAUGGUGCCUGACUGCGUUCCAGCUCUCCUCUUCUUGUGAUUCAUCCAGCAUGUUGUUAGCUUUCCCCCACACUAAGCCCCCCAUCAGACUUCAGGGAGGGCUGUGACGUGGUGCCUGACUGCGUUCAGGCUCUCCUCUUCGAGGGAUUCAGGUCAGCGUUGUGCAGAACUCUUCAUAGCGUGCUUAGAGGGCUGCUUCUUCCCUGACCCCUCGGACGCUGCCCUCUGAAGCUGGGCCAAGCUGAUGCAUGGCUCCCCUGUGGCUUCAACCAAUAGCAGUCUUCUUUCACAGCCUGUGUGUCUUGUACGCUUGGCACCGUACCUACACUGCUGAUAUAGAUUCCAUUCGGUCGGAGUCGGCCUCUAGCAACACGUUGCUCAGUCGGCCAAUAGCAGUGCAGCAUUUGUUAGAUGAACGUCCGUACAAAUUGUGGGUCUGUCCUUUCUCCUACUUUGUUUCAAUGGAAUUUCAUGUUGCAACAGUAAUUUGAUAGGUUACUUAUUUAGACUCCAUUAGAUUAUAUGCACUUGUUUGCACCCAAACAAACAAAGCAGAUGAACUUUAAAAUAAAAUGUACCAGUCAGUUGGUCCUUUCUUUGAGUGUGUCAACAAGGGCUAAAAACAGACAAUUAUUAAUCAAUUUAUAUUUAACCUACAGCGAAUUCUAUUUCUGUUAUUGCAUUGUUGGAUGUUGAUCAUUUUAAAUAGUAUUGGGUAUUGUUAGUCUGACCGGUGUUGUCUAUUGAAAAAGGAAUUGACCACUUAAUGUAGUUCCCCUUUUAAUUGGAAGAACUAUGAUGCAAAUUCAUCUUCAGAGACGAAUCUCAGUGAUAAAAUGAACCGUAGAUCGUUCUUAACGGGUUCCUGUGGUUUCACUCUAACAAUGCAGGCCUAUUUGGUUUGGAAAUUAUAAUGUGGUUAAAUCCAAUUAUGAUUUUCAUGUAGAGUAUCUCAUAAAACCCAAUGGCCUUUUCUAAUCCGUCCAUGACAAAUGAAAACACUUCACUCUGGCGUUGGUUUUCAAGUGGCCUGAUGAACAGGAAAAAAAUCACUAUAAUUAAUUGUAAUAACGCGAUAGGACUACUUCCCUUUCUAAUUUGCUUUCCCAACAAUUGUUGGUUUUCCUCUGUACCAUUGUUAGGGGUGAGGGUGUGGAGGCUCCCUCUUUCCCCCCGUUGUCGUCGUCUGUCUGACUAUAAGCUCCAACAGUCGUGUGUUUGAUGCACGGGUAACCCUGGCCUGCCUGUGGCUGUGAUGAACGAACCAGUCUCCAUGAAGGAGAAUAAGGAUCAGAGGGACUUAACAACAGGAGGGGGCAACCCGUUUUCAGGUAGUAGGAGUGAAAUGAAAAACACAUCCUAACAGGCUGGCUAGGAGGGAAUUGUAUACUAGGCUUUGAUACUUUGUGGAGCUGCCAAUCCAUGUUCACGUUCAUCUUGUGUACAAGAUCGCUUCUCUUUGAACGUUUCGUUUUUUAACUAAGGGAACUGGUAGAUCUGUAUGAAUGAGCGGCAUGUCACUUCUCAAUGACUGAUGAAAACAGUAACACUGUCAAGACAUCCUCGACGCUUCGUGUAAAUGUCACAACAUGGGAACGAGUACCCUGAUUCACAGUGUCUUCAAAGUGAUGUCGUUUGUAUAAUUUAUCAUAUCUCCUUAUAAUGUCAUUUAUCAUUAUUGUACUUGUAAUGCCAGGUUUCCCAAACGGGAAGACGUUGCGGAUGUCAGUGAGGAAAAGCACAUGGAAAAGCUCCUUCUGUACAGAAGCGUCAACGGUCCGUCCGAAUGCCAGCACACACCGCUUGUGGAGCUGGAGUAUUUGGGCCAUGAAACUCAUUAAUAAAUGGAUGUUGACGUGUGCUCAGUAAAUCACAGUUAAUUUCCGUUCCUUCAGCAGUAUUCCCAGUUUCCCCCGUUCAAUCAGUCCUUCAGAGCCCGACCUGCAGAGCCUGAAGGAACAGAUGGAGCAGAGCGAGUGAGUGGGAGGUACCGAGUUAUAAGGCUAGGGUUAACCCCAACCCUAUAACCCUAACCUUAACCCACAGAGACGCCCCGGGGGCAGCUGAUGAGCUAUAGGGCUAGGGUUAACCCCAACCCUAUAACCCUAACUUAACCCACAGAGACGCCACACCUGGGCAGCCCCUGGGCAGGGUUAACCCCCUAACCCUAACCAACCCCUUUCUGCCUCAGGAGUUGGAAUGCCGGAUGUGCUGAUUUGCUGAGCUCCCGAUGGCCACCCCCCCAUUCCCGAACCAGAGAGACGUGUGCGAGGCUACCUUGCCCUCCAGUGUUUCAGCUAAUGCCUCUUCAGAAGGGUAGUGACUGAGCAGUCCAUGUAACAGGAUAGAACCCAGUUGCUAAUGGGAGAGGGAUCGGGUGUAGGGAUGUGGAUUUACCCGACCUUCCGGAUUUGAUUUGCAAUAGUGGUGGGAGUGUUUAGAGGACAGUGUCGAUGGUGCAAUCAAUAUAAUGAAUGGUUUCAUGUUAACUUUACCCUGGAGACAUGCAGUGCACAGAAGCUCUCCGUCACUCAAGGUCACCGUGUCUCUAUCAGAAUGAAGGGGAAGCUGCUGUGCUGUUCAUCCAAUCCCGCAGACACUAUUCUACACUAUUCUCUCAAGAGCUCCCAGUCUGUCACAGCAGACAAUAACGUUUCCUUAAAGUCCUCUACCUCAGUGGUUCCUAUUGUUGUAAACCCCCUCUAAAGUUAAAGCGGUAUCCUCUUAUUGGAAAGAUUUACAAUUGAUCAUACCCAAUAUAACAAUAACCACCCACUUAGUGUAAAGUAUUCACAGUAACCCCUGCAACAUCUCACAGGACCUCCACCGGAGGAACACUGCUCUGCCUCCUCCUUCUUCCUCUCGACCCCUCCUCCCUCCCAGCCCUCAGAUGUCGUACCCCCAGACCCCCGGACCCCCGGCCCCCCUGAGCUCAGAGCUCUGGCCUGUCUGAGCCCAAAUCAGAGGAGCAGGUGUAGACGAGAGUGGCCCCACAGUGAGGCACCAUUACGCACAGACGCCCUCAAUGUCAGUCCACGUAUGCAGCCGCUGUGUAAUCUGAGAAGGUCAGUGGAAAGUGGUUAGCCCGCUCAUGGUUCUAAGAGGGCACGCCCCCAAGAUGGCGGCUGUAUGGUCCAUGUGACGCACUGCCUUCCACCCUGGGCCUGUCAGAAGAAUGCUGUUGAUGACGUGGACCGUUCUUGUUGUUUCUAGUCUGUUAUUUCUGGAUUUUCCUGCUCGUAUCGAGCCACUGGCAGUACUGCGUAGUGCAACGGCAACAGCUCUUAUCCGUUAUGAACAUGGAUAUACCUGGGGAAACUGUUCGUGUUGCAACGGUGAAAGUGGGUGUUGUGCUCAUGCAAUUCCCAGACGCAGCUGGAAGCAGUUGUGUCAUCAGAGAGGACGGCCGUACGGUGGACUACAUGUUGGGGGGGAAAGAGGAAUCGUCUUUUUCGUUUGAUCAGGCUGUGACUCUGGAAACACUAGAGCAAGUUGAGCCAGAGAUCCUGCAGCCUCUUGCCGAGCUGGUCUCCUGCGGUUACACUGGAACGCUGCUGAUUGGUGGAAUCCACAGGACUGGCAAAUCCGGCAUAUCGAUUGACGAUGACAUCAUCAAAUAUGCUCUGAAGAUGUUGUUCAGCCACAUUUCAAAGGUGAAAUCGACAACGUUCAAUGCAGUAUCCUUCGUUCAGUUCUAUCCAGAUGACAGCACUCUGGAUCUCCUGAGCCCUGAAAGACGCGAUCUAAAACCCUUUCAUCACCCUGUCCUCGGAUGCCUGGUGGACGGGGUGUGUGAGGUGACGGUGGGCUCGGCCGAGGAGGCGUACGCUCUGUACGAGACGGGCAGGAGGAGGCUGGCGGACACAGCCGCCCCCGUCUCCAGCAGGUGUAGCUUCCUGUUCUCGGUCCAAUCGGAGCGCGAGCUGAGCCUGGAGGGGGCGGAGCCGGAGAUCUGCCGGGGCCGCCUGCAGCUGGUGGGCCUGGCAGGGGGAGCGAGCCGGACGCACCUCAGAGGAGUCAGCCCACUGGUAAAGACUUUGGAGCAGAUUGAGCUUGGGACGCGAACCAGCAACCACCUCCUCCCCUUUCUCCUAACGGACGCCCUCAGAGAGAGCGGCAUGACGUGCCUUCUGUAUUGCAUCCCUCCGCAAGCUCUUCUGGAUACUGAGGUUCCUUCAGCCUUAGCUCUGGCCCAACGGGUGCAGGGUCUGGUAACCACGGCAACCUAUGGCCACUGGUGUCCAAGGGUUACGGAGCAAGAGCUACGACUUCAGAUGCAGGGGCUGAGGAAAACGAUGAUGUCACCAGAGGAACAAGAUAGGGACAACGCCCUCAGGCUCGCAGGGCUCAUCAAGAUCCUGCAGAUGGUGAAGGAUCAGUCAUGGGAGAAGAGGCUGGAAAUGUCUGAGAAGUUAAAGAACAAAAUCAAGCAGGAAUGGCAAUCUGCAACAAACAAACGGCGCCCAUCUGGUGAUCGCGGUGCAGAUUACCAAGAGACCACGGAACAAAUUAAAUAUCUACAGGACCAGUUGAGGCAGGAAAUGAAGGCACAUACCACAGAGGGCAAAGGGAGCGUGGAACAAGUGCAGGAGAGGGUGACUCGUAUCCAACAGCUGAGAGAAUCCCUCGACGAUGAGAUGAAGAAGAGCGGAUCCGCAUCCGUGGAAAAAAUGGAUUCCUCUCAACCGCUGGAGUACGGCCGUGCACUGGAACGACGGAGACAAACCCAGGAUGACCAUGAAGAAUUAAUCCAGGAGGAGCUGGAGAAGAUGGAAGAAGAACUGAAGCAGGAAAAGGCUGACGGCGUCCAGCGGGAGCUGCUGGUGGUGGCGGGCGAGAGGCGGGUCCUCACGCUGCAGCUCGAGGCCCUGCGCGCUGGGGCCCGGCAGGCUGAGGUUGACCUGGAGGACCUGCACAGCCGUCACCUGGAGGACAUGCAGCGCUUCAGAGAGGAGAGCCUCAAGGUGGGACGGGCGGGGGCAGAGCCGUUCAUCUACAGGAUAUCAACACAUUCAUCCAAGGGAAGUUACACUUACAUUCCCGGGCCGGAUGGUGUAGUGGUAGGGUGUUUGACUCCGGGGGCAAAGGUUCUGGGUUUGAUCCCUAAUGUAUGCAGACUGCCUGUAGCCCCCCCCUCCCCCCUUCACCCCAUAUGUCUGGAUCAGUCUGACACUUUGCACAGUACAACUACUGCUCAAUGACUAAACACUUCUCCCAUGAAUGAAUCAUUUCUAGCUUGUUUUCAUCUUGGAGUCCCACCCACCAUCUGCUACUUCCUGUCCAGGUGUUUCAGGUGUUCCACCAGGUGAGCGAGGAGCAGAAGUGGACCAUGAAGGAGAGGUACCAGUCCCUCCUGGUGGAGGCUGUCCAGGACGCAGUCUACCUCUCUGCUCAGAACCAGCAGCUCAAAGAGGAGAACCAGACGCACCGCGUGGGUGAGCUGGAGGGCCUCUGAGAACAGGCCGGGGCUGGUUUAGGACCGGUCUGUUAUGUUGUGGAGGACUUAAAGCACUGCUUCAGAGCCGACCUGACAUCUACGCUGCCCUCAUGGGUGUUGUUUUGUUCCCUAGCUCUAGGUGAACUGAAGGAUUCCCUGGCAACAAGAGGUGACCCAAUGGCUGAGUUUGCAUCUCCAUCAUAAUAAAGAAUUAGAUAAAAGCGCAAAAUAUUU